AUGAAAUCAAUUCUUUUUAUUUUGGUUUUAAUAUUAGUAAUAGUUACAACUAGUAUUGCUAGUACCUCUUACUUUGUUUUCUCAGAUGUUAGUGAUGAGUUUAUUAUCGAACUUUCCAAUAAUGAAACUAUUGCAGAAGCUCGUGAUAUCAUCAAGAAUAAUAUUACUAAAAGUGUAAUGGGUACCAUUGUAAAAGAUAAAGCUUGGUAUAAUCCAAAAUGGAGUUUUCAUCUAGAUCCAAAUACUAUUUCAUUCUUUGAAUUUGCAAUCGAAGUUUGUGAUGCCAGUAUAGUAUAUGUCGAGGAGCAUCUGGCUGAAGCUGGUGGAGCUUUCCUCCCUGGUAACCAUUGGUGUCCAUGGAGUUCAAAGUUAUUAAAAAGAUGUAGAAUUUAG